AACUGAUAAUGGCCAGCCAAACAAAGAAGGGUUGGUCAACACACGCUCUCUUUCACAUUAUUGCUUUGUCUUAUUUCUGUAGAGUCGUUGACUAGUUAAUACUGUUAUUUUCGGCGUUUAUUUCUGUAGCUUUCUACGGCGUAUUCAAAUAAUAACCAUCCUCAUCAUCUGAGGAAGUUGAGUAUAAAUUGGUAUUUUCCAUUCCAAAAACUGCAAAAACUAAGAAAACAAAAAGUUACCUAUUUAAGUAAUUUAUAAUCAGCCAUAUAUAUUCUUAUAAAACAAAAUCAAUCAAGCUAAUCAAAAAGGGAACAAAGAAAAAUGAAGCACUUUGUACUAGUGCAUGGGACCUGCCAUGGAGCCUGGUGCUGGUACAAGCAAAUCCCUCUAUUAAGGCAAGCGGGCCAUCAGGUUACAGCCGUUGACCUUGGUGGAUGUGGUGUCCAUGGUCGGCCGCUAAGUGAGAUUGUAACCAUUGAUGACUACGUGGAGCCUUUGAUGGAUGUCAUGAGGUCCAUUGAUCCACAUGACGAUGGUGGUGAUAAGAAGGUUGUGCUUGUGGGACAUAGCUUUGGUGGAAUCGCAAUCUCUAUGGCUAUGGAGAAAUUCCCAGAGAAGAUCCUUGUUGGUGUUUUUCUGUCUGCUUAUAUGCCUAAUCGCUCCUCUCCUCCACUUACCCUCGUUCAAGAGACGUUCAAGAGAACACCUUUGGAGGGAUUUUUGGACACGACGUUCAGGUUUGAUAAUGGUCCAGAAAAAGCAGCCACUCAUCUAGUUUUUGGUCCUAAGAUUUUGAGCACUAAACUCUACCAAAAUUGCCAGCCUGAGGAUAUAGAAUUGGCCCAAAAAAUGGUUAAGCUAGAUGGUACAUUCAGCGAGGACUUAGCAAAGGAUUCAUUAUUUUCGGAAGAAAGAUUUGGAAGAGUGAAACGAGUAUUUGUUAUUUCUGAAGAGGAUGAAUUAGUGAAGACGGAUUUUCAAAACUGGAUAAUUGAAAAUAGUCCACCACAUCAAGUGAAAUCCAUACCAAAAGCUGAUCAUAUGGUAAUGUUGUCAAAACCUCAAGAACUAUGCCUUUGUUUGAUAGAGAUUGCUGAUAUAUGUUGAGCAACAACUUCACAUUUCAAGUACAUAGUUCGAUUAUAUCCCAGCCUGCACCAUAGCGUUUUCAAGCAAUUAUAAUUUACAUUUAUGUGAUUAUUUAUAAAUGAUUGUAAUUGUGGGUUGAUCUAUUAGAAAUAAAAGGCAUGUUUAAGCUGUUAUGCAA